AUGCCCUCUUCAAAGCUGGCGACCGGCCUAUUCAGCCGGGCUACCCGCCACCUGGCCGCUAUUGAGCCCAUCCGAUCCCAACACAUCCUCUCCAGCCUCCGCAUCACCACCCAAUCGCAAUGUCGCGCCUACACCCAAGCGCAACGGCCCCGGUGCACGCAAAACAUCCCGAGCAUGCUCUCUGUUCGCAAUGGUAGCCAAUUCUCUACGAGUGCAUUCCGUGCCAAGGCCAAGACCAUGGGACAGAUGAAGCAGCGCAACUCGACCGGCCCUUUCUCGUGGAAGGCGGCAUUGCUGUUCAUCCUCACCGGUGCCGGUAUGGUGAUUUAUUUCCGGGUUGAGAAGGCACGGUUGGAGCGGAAGCGUAUUGCGGAGAUGAGCAAGGGUGUUGGAAAGCCUAAGGUUGGCGGUCCGUUUGUGCUGAAGGACUUGGAUGGGAAGGAGUUCACUGCCGAGGAUCUGAAGGGAAAAUACAGCUUUGUCUAUUUCGGUUUCACUCACUGCCCAGAUAUCUGCCCCGAUGAGCUGGACAAGAUGGCCGAGAUCAUCGAGAAGGUCAAGGAGUCCACCAAGGAUGAGAAGCUCUUCAUGCCCGUCUUCAUUACUUGUGAUCCUGCCCGUGAUACCCCCGAGGUUCUGCGCGCCUACCUCCAGGAGUUCCACCCCGGUAUCGUUGGCUUGACUGGUACCUAUGAGCAGGUCAAGAAUGUCUGCAAGCAGUACCGUGUGUACUUCAGUACCCCCAGGGAUGCCAAGGCUGGCGAGGACUACUUGGUUGAUCACAGUAUUUACUUCUAUCUGAUGGAUCCCGAUAACGACUUUGUCGAGUGCAUUGGUCGACAGGAUACCCCGGAGUCUGCGUCCAAGGUUAUCUUGGAACACAUCAACGACUGGAAGCGCGAGGGUCGCCCAUUGAAGACCGAGUAA